AUCAUGUUGUCCUCCCUUCUCAGCCUCCUCGCUCUCAGCGCCUCCCUCAUCUCCGCCGAAGAGAGCAUCCCCUACAAGCUCAAAACCGAAUCCGACAGCACAUUCCUCUACAUCACCCCCAUCGACGACUGCAAAUACAAAGUCUCCGCGACCGGCUACUCCGGCGCCGGCUCCAAAUUCCACUGGACGGAUACCCAGAACAUCAACAACUCCACCAUUGUGGCGACCGACUAUGGUCCCAACGCCCUGCUGGACGUCUACGCCGUGCGACGCCCGGAGUCGUUGGGUAUGGCGCAAGUUUUCGUGCGCACGAACAUUAGCGAGGAGGAGAGGACGUUUACGCAGCAGAUCAGUAUUGCCGACUCGCAGUUGAGGUAUGGAGGGUAUGAGGGGGUGCCUUAUGUGUUUUUCUUCUGCAACACGGAGGUGACGGAUGAUUUUGUGGAUCUUCCUCAUACGCUGUUCAUCAGGAGGUCGGACAUUUGCUUGCCAGAGGGAUGCUGGGAUACUGUGCUGGACCUUACCAGCCAGGGAUUGAGAGGCAACUCGUAGAUGAUCGACAUGGCGAGGAUCCCGUGAGGCUGGUGAAUACCAAUGAGGCGCUCGGGAUCAUCGCUACAUCCGUCUCGACAGUGGACGAAGCUCAUCGUUCCUACCGCUUCUUGCUUCC